UCCAGGUCACCCUCCACCAUCCAUGUCGUCCAGUUGUCAGUGCAAAGUCUUCGUUAUCCUUCUUCCCCAGAUCAUCCAGCAGUGGUUACCUAAAUUCUGGGUCCUCCGGAAAUUCGAACAGCACCUCUCAACCUAUCUGUUCAACGAGCUACAUCACUCAAUACCAUACACUUGGCCUUCUUGUGGGGGCAGGUCUGGUGCAGGCACGACACUUGAAAACUCCAUGGCCCUUUGCAUGCUUAUUCGGUAUGCUGCGAAGGUGAGGGAGGAAGAUCCCAAGUACGUCUUUAGUUUCUGCAAGGCCCAUGAUAUGGUGAGCAGGAGCGGCUUGCAUGUGGGUAGGAGAUGCUCAAUGGGGCUUGCAUGUGGGUAGGGGGUGCUCGGCCACUGAUGUGGGUUUCGCGAGAGCAGCUCGCAUGUACUGAGGUGCUGAGAUGAUGGAUAUGUCAUUGCUCGUGGUCGAGAUUUUAGUGUUCUUUAGUUGAAAACAAUGAUAUUGCAUACUGAACGCGCAUUAUGUGGUACUUUGCCAGAUCAAUGAACCAU